AUGUGCCGCUUAAUCAUUAUUGAAUCGCGAUGCUAUGCUUGCAACGGAGCGAUUCCAACUUGGCCUGAGAAGCGGAGAAAGCAGCUGUGCUUGGAGAGUAAGAUCCUGAGUUGGGGUUCCAAAAAUCCUGAACUCGAUUUCUGGACUCAAUGCACACAUCGAAAACUGGAGUAUGUCUUUGAAAAGGGCGAGAUACUCGAUCGUCUUUGUGAGCCAUGUAAGAGAUCGAGUGAUGAGAGAAAGGGACUGUUUACCGAGCUCUACUGGGAUGCCAUCAAUGAUAGAAAAUCGAAGACUUGGCCCCGGUUCAUCUAUGACAAGAUCUGGCAUUAUAUUCAGCACCCAGAGGCUUUAUGGGAGACAUGGAUCACGGCCAUGGAGGUCAUGGAUGAUCCACUAUCUGCCUUCAACACUCUCCCGAGAGAUACUGGCGCGGGUUACACCAACAACUCGACAGAGUAA